AUGUCGACAGAGCUUUCAGUCGAGAGACAGGGGCCUCAAUUAGUGUGUGACCUCUGUCAUUCGCGUAAGGUCCGGUGCGACAGGCACGAUCCAUGUGGCAAUUGCCAGGAUGCAGGCAUCUCCUGUAAUCGUCGGCGGGCUGUGAAGCGCAAGUGUCUGAGCACUCGCCCUCAGGGUGGUCACUCCCGCAGCUCUUCCCGCAGUUCCCGACGAAGAGCAACACCUGAUCAUCGGUUUGAUGAAGGUAACUCGACAGAGGAAGUCUUACCAGUCCUCCGCUCUGUCCCAAGUCGUAAUUUUAAUGAUCCUCGUGGGUCCAAAACCGGGGUCCUAUAUGAUCCUUUCUAUGAUGCGCAAAUGACGAUUCAGCAUCAACUAUACCAUCUACCAGGUCUCACUAUAGACAGACGCAGUGUGCUCGAGACAGCCUUAUCUGUCAUAAGGAUAUUGGCUGACAAUUCGAGAGCACUGGUACAAGACAAUCUUAACGAUCAUCAAGAGGAAGUUUCCUCUCGAAGCCCGUCUAUUGAAUUCCUUACCUGGAUAUUGAAAGAUAUUCGGACUGACAGAUUUGGAACUUUCGUUGUGGAUUACUUUAGACAUAUCUCAAUCCCAAAAUCGAAGCAGAUGGGACUUUCACUUCUUCGGAACAGCAUACCGACUCGCGAAUCCAUCAUCUACACUGUUUGCUUCAAUGUUGUUGCCUACAACAACGCUCAUCAACACUCAUCAACGCUCAUCAACGCUCAUCAACGCUCAUCAACGACCAUUAACGACCAUUAA